AGUUACAUUGUUCCGGGAACAAACACGAGCCGUCUCGUUAAAGUUGUGACAAUGGAGAGUGUUAUAAGAACCUACAAUACUGUCUUCUAUGAAAGAGCAGAUCCACGAGUCAAGGACUGGUCGCUAAUGACUUCACCAUGGCCCCUCGUCUCGAUCAUCGUUAGCUACUUGACGGUCAUUAGGCUUCUGCCAUGUUUCAUGCAAGACAGACGGCCUUACGAUCUCCGGACGGUCAUCAAGUGGUACAAUGUGCUGCAGAUUGUGUCCAAUGCUGUAGUUACUUGGGGGAUAAUGACUUCGGGUUGGACUACAACUUAUCACUUCGGCUGCAUGCUACCAGACUAUUCAAUGAACCCAGAAGCUUUAAGAAUGCUCCGGUUCCUUUGGUGGACGAUAAUUUUGAAGCUAAUGGAACUAUUCGAGACUGUGUUCUUUUUGCUAAGGAAGAAGCAGAGGCAGGCGUCCUUCCUGCACAUAUACCAUCAUGUCAGCACUCUGGUUAUUAUUUGGUCUGCUGUGAAAUACGUUGGAGGUGGAAUAACCUCAUUCUCCCCGAUGAUAAACAAUGCAGUGCAUGUAAUAAUGUACAGCUACUAUUUGAUGUCUUCGGAGGGAAGCCCUAAAGUGAAGGCUGUCCUUAUUAAAUACAAGAAGUGGCUAACUAUUAUGCAGAUGAUACAGUUCACUCUAAUGUUAAUCUACAGUGCACAAGUGUUCCUACCAAGUUGCCCCGCACCACUCGGUAUCACAUUCAUGUAUUUUCCUAAUGUUAUAUUUGUUUACUACAUGUUCUAUAAGUUUUUUAAGCAAAACUACAUAGAUUAUAAGAAUAAUAAACAGAAUGUUAACCAGAAUGGUAGGAAAUCCAAAGAUAAUAUUAAUGAUUAAAUGAUUUUAAAUAAAUGUUAGUUCAUACUGUGCUUUUUAAAAAAUUAAAUCAAUGAAAUAGCACUUGCAACUUUGUGCUCUGAAAGAUUGAAGCAACUAUGGUUAAAAAUGUUUACUUAUAUCAGACUUAAUGCUUAAAAUUGCUUAUUAUUGUACAGUGUGUGUGCACGGUAAGCAAAUAAAUUUUAGCCACGCACAAUAUUUGAUAUAUUGUAUGCUGGAUCCCCAGAUUAAAAAACAACAGAAAUCCAUGUGGGCGAAUUCUUUGGCAAUCUCUAGUAUGUGUUAAUGAAAAGAAUUUGUUUAAUGAGCUUUUUAUGUGAACUAGUUAAGUAAGUACUUAUCUAAGUCUAUCUUUUUUAUAAUAUAAAACUAUUAUAAUUUUAAAACUGUAUUUUAAUAGGAUUGCAUGUGUUCGAAGUUGCACAAAGUAAACAAUUAAAAUUGUAACCUCUAAGAAACAUUACAGUGCUGUUUCUUCAUUCGGUUUUAAUCCACUAUUAAACAUUUUUUUGUGUGUGUUAAGUAAAUAUUAGUAGUUUUAUUUAAAUAGUAAUCGUAAUACCA